UCUCUUUCGAACAACCCGCAGCUUUAUUGGAGACCUAAUUUCUACUUUUUAUAGUGGGCUAGAAGACGGUACAGCGAUAAGAACACAGUAUGAUUUGGAACCAGAGCCACGUCGCCCUGGCACUGAUGGAACGGUAAGAUAUCAAGUAAAAGUUACAAAGAUCGGGUUUACUAUUCCAUCACACAAUGUGUGUCUGGCAGUAUAGUAUAGUGGGGUGUGAAAUUAUGACUUUUUACUUACUCAGUUGUAAUUGUCUUAAAAUAAAUAGUGCAAUAAAUACCCAAAAGAAAUCUUUCUCAAUUAUAGAUAUUAGCAGGCGUAAUUUCUCCAGCAUUUGAGCCUCACGCGAGAUGGUAUAUGCGAGAGCUGUUACGACACUCCAGAUACUCCACUCUCUUCUGGAUUUGUAGAUUAUUCGCUAAAGGAGACGCCAGUCCAAGUCGUAACUUAAUGUCUCUGGCUGGCCACAUGAACCCGGUUCAUCCGCGCCAAAAGGUACCUAAUAUAAGCGGCAACAAAGAUUUGGAGAAAAUAUACCAGGAUUUGGCUUGUCCAUUCGCAUUGUGGGUAUUGGAACGUCCUUUGACCAGUCUUCCCAAAGUAUACGUGAAUAACAGCAUCGUGAUUGUAGGUGCUAGUCGAACCGGACUUGCCUUCCUUGAGACUUUGCUGAUGGGUCCAACUUCUCAAUACCUAACGUUCAGCAACGUGACCCUCGUAUCUGAGCACGGUCUACCAACAGUGGCCGACUGUUUGAAGGCAGCAGAUAUAUGCGUUCCGAGGGAUGGACGGUACACUGACCGGUACCUCAAGAGUGUUCCCUUCUACUACUAUUUGGAUGUCAUGUCUGCUAUUAUGGUUAAAAUAGACAGGUAAUCAAUAAUUUCAUUGACCGUUCUUUCUCCUUGAUGAAUGCCUUUAAAUAAAGAGUUUUCGACUGCUGCAUGGCCAUCUUGUCGAGUUCAGAUGCGGUCUUCUGAUCAAGCUCUAAAUGUCACUCUAAGAAGUAUUUUUGCAGAAAGAGAAAAUGCAUCCACUUAAAAGGUGGUGGAACGAAGUAUUAUGACGAACUGGUUCUGACUUGUGGUCAGCAGUUCCAACAUCCUGAUUAUUUGAAGGAGUCCCUUGGACUUGUGAAAGAAGUAGCGUAAGUGUAAACAACUUUAUUUUUGCAGGGACGUAGUCCAGUAUCUUCUGUGUUUAUAUUCAAUUAAACCUUUGUUUUUCCUCAGUAAAGGAAAGCCCUGUGAUAGAAUGCUUCUGGACAACCCCAAAUAUAAGGCCGAGACAGUACCAAUGCCUCCUGAGAUGCCUGAAAAUGUAUUCCUCAUCAAUUCUCUGUUCGAAGCAAACAUCUGCUUGAGGCAUCUUAUGCGCAUGAUAAGUGAUACUAGUAAGCAUACAUAGACAGACAUACAUAUUGAAGAUCUUAGAAAUGUCUACCUUUAUGUAGUACAGAGGUGAUCUCGAUAUCUCGUUCUAAUUUACUGUUAUAUAAUAACACAAUCUUACUUUUAUCUGACUGUCGAAUAAUAAUUUCGCAAUUUUUACUAUUUCUCAUGAUCCACUAGACCAAUUUUUUUCUACACCUCUUAAUUUCUACUAUCUUAACGGUUUUAACAGAGGAGGUUCGAGAGCCAUUAAGCAAACGUAACCAGGUGAUAGUAUACGGGGAUUGCAUAGAAGCGUAUAGUUGUAUUGCAGCACUAUUAGAACUGGGAUUGUUGCCAGAACUCAUUGUCUUUGUGGAACCAUUUCCUUCAACUGAAGAACCAGCUCCUCUGAGAGUCAACUGCUUCAAUGAUGAGACGGUAUGCCUAAACUUAUUAUAGUAUAACUGCAACAUAGUGAGAUAUAGUGCUGGAGGAAUGUUUAGGUUUAGUUACUUUACGAGGUCAGAUCUUAUAAUGUUGAGUUGCUGCGGUGCUUCAGAAGGAACAUUGUGGCUAUAGUCAGUAAGAGGCUGACACAAUCUCAUGUUGCUUCUACAGCGGGUAUUGGUAAUUUGAUGUCAAGUCACCAAAAAAGAUCCUAUGAGGUUAUGAUCAUAUGAUUGGUGUGACCGUGUCUGCAAUUCAGCUUUCAGCUUUCGGGUAUGGCUUACGCUGAGAUUGAAGAAAAACACAAACUACAACGAUUUACGAAGUAUAAAAG